ACUUGAUAUUUAAAUCGAUUGAACCAAAUAAACAAAAUAAACCGACUAAUUACAAUAUUGUAAUAUAAUUAUACAUAAUUACAUAUAAUUAACAAUAUAUAUAAUUUAUUUUAUUGAUAUGUAAGAUGUUGAUUUUAGUAAUUUGUUUUAAGUUAAAAGUUAUUUUGUUGUUCUUAUUUUCAUCAAAUGAAAUCAAAUAUAACUUUUGUUGAUAGUGUUAAAAUUAGUUUUUAAUAAUAUUAUGAUAUUACUAACUUUGUUAUUUUAUUUUAUGAAAAUUAUCAUAAUUAUUAAAUUUUUACUCUUACUAAUUAUUUUUAAUAGUUAGUUAUACAGAAAAUAAUAUAUUUAAAAGUUAGAGAGACUUCUAAAUUAUAUAUACAAAAAUUUACAAAGUAUUAUAAAAGAUAAACAUGGUUAUGGUGUUGUGGUAUAAAAUAGAAUUAACCGAAAACGAUAGUAUAUAAACUGAACCAAGCCAAAAUAUAUGUGAUAUUAAUUUGAUAGCUAAUUUUUACAAGUUGAGAUACCAAAAAGUAAAAAGCAAACCAAAACCGAACCAAAAUUCCAAUUAAACACCUCUGCAGGUCAUAAAAAGAAAAUUUGUUACAUUAGAGUCAAAUGAUGUGCAGUUUACAAGUUGAACAUUUUCUUUUGAUUUGAGGGGUUUAUAUUUUUUAUAGGCAAGUGUUUAUGGUACAAAAUCUAGGCAAAUAUGAAUGCAAAGAGUAAGGAAACAAAAUUGCUAAAUAAUGUUAAGAAAUUUUUUUUGUCAUAUUCACAGCUUUGAUAUGUAAUAUUUUUUUCAUUGUUACCAUUUACAUGGACACAUGUUAUCUUAACAUCUACUUCAUAUUUUAAUUGUCUUUUACAAUAAUAUCUUAAAACAUUAAUUGAAAAUGCCAUAAAAUCAAAACAACAAUUUAUCACAUACCAUACAUAACCUCUUCUCUAAUAUCUUCCUACAUAUUGAUAUCCUUUAAUUUAUGGAAAAGUUUCCGAGUGAUUUAAAUUGAUCAAAACUAUUUAUAUUGAAGAAAUAUUCUUUGGGAGAGUACAGAGCCGAUUUUGGUUCAACCAAAGAUUUUACAGUUUGCUCUAAUAUUAAAACUAUUAGUUCUUGUUCUAUAUUUUCAUAUCAAAACUAUUUACAUCAACCAAAGAUUUUAGUUCUUGUUCUAUAUUUUCAUUUUUUGGGUUUCUGAAAAAGUCAAUAAUGGGAGAGUACAUAGCCGAUGAAGACUACGACUAUCUCUUCAAACUAGUCUUGAUCGGAGACUCCAGCGUCGGAAAAACAAACCUUUUGUCUCGAUUCACCAAAAAUGAAUUUAGUAUCGAGUCAAAGGCUACCAUUGGUGUCGAGUUCGCCACGAAAAGUGUUCAUGUCGACGAGAAAAUCAUCAAAGCUCAGCUUUGGGACACCGCCGGUCAAGAAAGGUACAGAGCAAUCACGAGUGCAUACUACAGAGGAUCAGUGGGGGCUCUUCUAGUAUACGACAUAACUCAACAUGUAACGUUCGAGAACGUUGAACAAUGGCUCAAAGAGCUUCGUGACCAUACCGAUGCCAACAUCGUGAUCAUGCUUGUUGGAAACAAAGCUGAUCUUCAUCACCUUCGUGCAGUUCAAGAGGACGAAGCUAAAUCUUUCUCUGAAAGAGAGAACAUGUUCUUUAUGGAAACAUCUGCUCUUGAUGCUACAAAUGUUGAGCAAGCUUUCACUCAUGUCUUGACUAAGAUCUGUCGUGUUAUGAGCCGUAAAGCUUUUGAUGGCACUGGAGAUCCGACGUCUUUGUCUAAAGGACAGACCAUUGAUUUAGGUAGCAAAGAUGAUGUUUCUGUUGUUAAAUCAUCUGGUUGUUGCUCAGGCCGAGAUUAUCUGAAUUUAUAGUUUUGGGAGGGGGUAGGGUUUAAAGUUGGUUUUACAACACAAACCGACCACAAGAAAAUGAAUUGGAUAAGACUAUUCUAGUCGUGAAACUAAAAUGAAUGUUAGACUUCUGUUAUAGCUUUUCUAGAACCGAAGUAAAACCACAAGAAAAUAAACAUGUUAUACUUUGUUAAGCAGUUGAAUCUUUAUUAGGGAUAUAUAUCUAACAUCAGGAAUUCUAAGGGACAUUAACUAAUAUAUAAAGGGUUAGGGUCAAUCCACUAAUCACCAAUUGGUUUUAAAUUGAAAACUCAUAAUUAAACCUGAAUUUAACAUGGUAUCAGAGCCCAAAUCCUAAAUACCUUAAACUCCUAAUUAAAAUUAAAAUUAACCCUUCUGACCGGGUAUAAAGGUUAUGAUUAACCCUUCCAACUGGGUAUAAAAAUUGUGUUAAACUCGCUCGACCGAGUAUAAAUAUCCUAAAGUUCCGAAAUUUCUGGCCGAUGAGAGCCAUCAUCUCGAGGAGGGGUAUUAGGGAUAUAUAUCUCACAUCGGGAAUUCUAAGGGACAUUAAAUAAUAUAUAAAGGGUUAUGGUCAAUCCACUAAUCACCGAUUGGUUUUAAAUUGGAAGCUCAUAAUUAAACCCGAAUUUAACAAUCUUGCUUAGUUUUGUAUUUAUUGAUUAUGGAUUUUGUUGCGAACAAACAUAUUACUGACCUCUCAAUCCUAAUUAUUAGUUUAACGAACCACAUUUAUUCAUUUGAUUUCUGUUUAACUUCGAUCCUAGAUUUCUCUCAAACUCUCUCUCCCUAAUCAAUCUCUCAUGUGUAAUCAAGAAAGUAAAGACUAUAUAGAAAGACACAACAUUGUUUAUCCGGUGUUCACCACACUCUUCCAAGAUGGAGAAGCUGCUAUAUACUCACCGGGCCGACUCUCUUACGGCAAUCCAUCCACUGAACCCCGGUGACCCUGAAACUUGAGCCACCGUACGGAUACAAAGUGUUUCUUCUUCUCUCUUUACAACUCUAUCUCAGCUCAUCUCAUUAUCACCAAGAGACUGAGACUUAUAAACACGCAAAAGAUAGAACACAUGUCUUCAUCCAGAGCUACUCCAAUUGAACCGGAAAUAACCAGAGCAGUCAGCUAAACCAACUGAUAACCCGAAACCUCUGAAUCCUCUAGAGUCUUUGUAUCCUCAAGUAUUAGUGUAUACAUCUUGUCUAUAUUCUUCAGUUUCGUUAUAAAAUUUAAUACAUGUAAAAAAUAAGAGAUGGCUUAAGCAAAGUCAUUCUAAAACAAACCUGAAAAUGGAAGACUUGGUUAUGAAUUCUUGUCAACACACGAGUAGCUGACAUGAACUGAAAGUUAAAACUACGACUUUAGUACUAACAAAGUCAAGAGACGGAGAAACAUAUUUAUUCAUAAUGGAACAUUACUGAAUCGCCGAUUAGUAAUCUAGACAUUAUCUAAAACUUAGAUGUUUCUACUUUAUUCAAUAAGUAACUGUACAAAAUACAAUUUUCUAUUUUGGCAAACUUUUGUACUCAUAAAAAAAGCGUAUAUAAUACAUAUACCACAUAAAAGCACACAGAGACCAACGUGAAAUGAAAGGAUAAAUAACAUGAUGAUUUGCUAAACCCGAAAAUAGAAGAAAGAAGAUCUUCCUUGUUCCACACGGAGCUAAUUUAGGUCCACCGUCCAAAUUAUGACAAAAUCGUUCCUUCCAAGUCUCAUGUCAUCAAUAACAUGAGGAUUUUACAUGACGAUUUUUACUGUUUCGUACACUUGCCAAUCAUCAUUGUAUUCAUCUUUAAUUCAUGCUAAUAUAUAGUACUUCUAAUAUAUAUACAGUAUAAGUUUAUGAUGGGCUUUUAUUGCUGAAGAACUGUAGCAAAGCGAGCAACCGAACAAUGAUCGAGCUAAGUGUAUCCAAAACCAGAUUCAAAGAUAGAAAAUUAUAUGAAUAUUGAAAGAAUAUGAAAGUUGAAAGUAAAUGGCAUAAAUAAACUAAGCAGCGGUAGUUUAGUGAUAGGGUGGUUUGAAGCAAGACGUAAAUCCAUUGGUUUUAGGUUUUAUUCUUAUGGGGAACUAAUGUUGUUUGUCCAGCCGAAAAUGAAGCCAUAUUUCAAACUUCAUUGAAAUUUUGAGACUGAACUAACCGUUCGAUACUAUUCUCAAUCUCAAGUUAGGCUUACGUACGUCCAUAUAGUCUUGGUUAACAAAACAAUUAGUUGGAGUUUCUGGUACUAAAUGGCCAAUUCUUGAGUAUUCUUAUUUUCUUCGUCCAUUACAAUAUUUCAAGAAUUCAGAGCUUUUUUUUCAAAAAGAACAAAUUGUAAUAACAAAAUAUGUAAGUUGUAACGUGCAGGUCUCAAUGCGUGUCUUGUAUGCCUUGCGUAUACUGACGUUAGUUAAAAACAAUGCAAAUAACUUUAUUUUCUAAAGGAACCAAUAUAAAGGUAAAGGAAACGAAUAUACGUGGUUGACUAAGCACUUUACGUUUUACAUUUUAUACUGAAUUAUUAUUUAUCUAUUUGUUAGCUAGACCUUACUUGACCUCCACGAUGGAUCCUUGUGAUUAUUAAAAGAAAUUAUGAGAUAAUGCAAAGGUUCUCACACACGCAAAUCUUUUCAUGAUCAAUGUUAUUAAUCGGUCGAUCAGAUCAUUCUUAUUUAC